UUCUUCAAACUUCGUCUCCAAUCUUUCUCUCCACCGUCGGACUCGUUUCAUUUCUCUCUGCAAGAUAAAUUCAAUUUCUCUCUUUGUUUUCACAGUGAAGGCAAAAACCAUCAAAGAAUCUUUCAAAUGUUCUAAGUUUUCUUCAACCUUUUCAACUCAAUUUCUUCUCCAAAUUCCUCUUUUGCUUCCGCGGUGGCUACUUCUCGUGUUCUUGGUCCUGUGGACCGUGGUGUUACUGAAUCUCCAUUGAUGACGCCUACUGAGUCUUUGUCUAGUAGUGAACGCUCUCUUUCUGGUGAGUGUUCGGUUGAUGGAAAUGAUAGGGGUAAUGAAGAUGAAUGUUCAAGUCAUAGUAGUCAAGAUGAUAUGGAGCAUAAGGUAGAUCGGUUAGAGCGUAAGUCCAAGAGCAUGCCGAGUGAUAUUCUAGAUAUUUUGGAUGAAAAAUCGAAAGGAAAUGGUGUUGAGAAUGUGCAGUUUUUAUCUGAUCGUGAAGAUGAUAGUGAUGAUGUUCCAGUUUGGGAGCCUCCGGAACCGGAAAAUCCAGAAGAUGAAGUAGAUGGUGUUUUUGCCGAUGAUGAUGAUGAUUGCUGUGAUGGCUCUAAGUGGAACAAAGCAAGUUUAUUAGGGGAAUUGAGUGAGGAAAGUAGUGAAAAGAGAAAGGUUUAUGAAGAAAAUCGAAGAGUGAUGCUUGAGGAGGCAAAUUCAAAGUUUAAGUUCAUUGUUAGUCACCUUAUUAAGUCGGCUGGGUUGUCUAUAGAAGAAAGUGGAUAUUGGAUAGAGAUUGUUGCUAGGUUAUGCUGGGAGGCUGCUUCAAUGUUGAAGCCAGCUAUUGACGGCAAAUCUGUUGAUCCUACUGAGUACAUCAAAGUGAAAUGCAUAGCAACUGGUUCUUGCAUUGACAGUGAAGUUUUCAAAGGCCUUGUUUUCAAGAAACAUGCCGCUCUUAAACACAUGGCAACUAAGUACGAGCAUCCUCGAAUAAUGUUAGUCGAAGGAGUACUGGGUCAUCCGAUAAGUGGGUUUUCGUCUCUCCAAUCAGUGAAUCAGGACAAUGAUUAUCAACUGAAGUAUGUGAAGCCUGUUGUUGAUAUCAUAGAAGCUUCCAAGCCGGACGUCAUGCUGGUGGAAAAAUCUGUUUCACGUGAUAUCCAAAAGUCUAUUCUUGAUAAAGGGGUCACUCUGGUGUUUGACAUGAAGCUCCACCGUCUACAGAGAAUUUCUCGAUGCAUUGGUUCACCAAUUUUGUCAGUUGACUCUCUGUCUAGUCAGAAGUUAAAGCAUUGUGAUUCCUUUCGCAUCGAGAAAAUAGUUGAGGAGCAUAACGCUGUGGGCGAAUCCGAGAAGAAGCCAACUAAAACACUGAUGUUUUUAGAGGGUUGCCCUACCCGCCUUGGCUGCACGAUUUUACUUAAAGGAUGCCACAGUGAUAGGUUGAAAAAGGUCAAAGAAGUAGUACAAUAUUCAUUUAUCAUGGCAUAUCAUCUAAUGCUUGAGGCUUCUUUCCUUGCUGAUCGGCAUACAAUGUUCUCAACCAUCUUUACAAAGGAAUCUACAUCAUGUGUUGUGGAUGUGGAAAUUGAAAAACUUCCACUAUCUCCUUCUCCUCGUGUAUCUGCCUCUGAAGCAGUUGAUAUUCCAGUGUAUAAUGGAUUCGAUGAACAAUCUAUUCAGAUAAAUGGGGAAGCAGAUGGUGAGAAAGUUGGAACUUGGGAAUCAGAUGGAGAUCAUGUGUUCUCUCACGAGCCAUAUAAUCCAGUUAUUUUCACUGGGUUCUCAUCUUUAUCUGCCAGAUUAAGUAAAUAUUUAGGCUUUGUUCAAAAUCCGGAGUCAGUUCCAGUUUCUGUGGAUAAAGAUGUAUCGAAUGUCAGCAAUCUUGAUUCGAUAAGGGAAUCUGCGGAAGAUACUGAAGAAAAGAAUGAGGAUAAACAACCAAUGUUAUUUGAUCCUGAGAUUCCAGUAAACUCGAGUUCAGAAGAUGGAGACAAGUCGCAAACGGAGAAUGAUAUUGAGAGCACCUUGGAGUCUCAGAGUAUAUUGGUCUUAGUGUCAAAGAGGAAUACCCUUAGGGGGAUAAUGUGUGACCAAAGGCAUUUUUCACACAUUAAGUUUUACAAACACUUUGAUGUUCCCUUGGAAAAAUUCCUGCGCGAUAUGUUUAAUCAGAGAAACCUAUGCCAAACGUGCAAUGAAUUUCCGGAGGCACAUCUUUACUAUUAUGCUCAUCAAAAUAAGCAACUAACAAUCCAAAUCAAGCGAAUUCCGGUAGCAAAAGGUUUGUCAGGUGAGGCAAAAGGAAAAAUCUGGAUGUGGAGUCGUUGUGGAAAGUGUAAAACAAAGAAUUCGUCCCGGAAAUCAACAAAACGAGUGCUAAUAUCAACUGCUGCUCGUAGCUUGUCAUUUGGAAAGUUUUUGGAGCUCAGCUUUUCUCAGCACACUUUUCUGAAUAGAUCGUCUAGCUGUGGGCACUCUUUCGACAGUGACUUCCUUCACUUCUUUGGAUUAGGCUCCAUGGUUGCUAUGCUCAGUUACUCCCAAGUCACAUCCUACACAGUGUCUCUGCCACCCAUGAAGCUGGAAUCUAGCAUUUUAAUAAAAGCUGGUUGGCUUGAGAAAGAAUUCCAAAUAGUAUUCACUAAAGGGAUCUCUUUGUUCGGAGACGCUACUGGUUUUCUUAAGAGACUAAGAUCACAAUUCAAUUCAGAUCUCAGAUAUCAGCGUGCACACAAACUCCUUUCUAACAUUGAGGAGUUGCUGAAGCACGAGCGUCACGUAUUUGAGGAAAACAUCAAGAACUCGUUUGACAAGGCUAAAACCAUAGAUGAUGUUUCACACAGACUGCUCCGCUUAAACCGCAUGAGGUGGGAACUUCUGCUUCAAGCUCUCAUCUGGAACUAUCGGUUACAGUCGCUGGUUUUAUCUGAUCGUUUGCUACCUUCAAAUGAUGAGACGGAGAUAAAUGAACAAGGUUUGAAGACUGUUUCCGAGGCUGGAAUGACCAGAUAUGAAAAUGAUGACAAAGUUUCUGAUUCUGGUAGCAAUGGAGUCAUGGACACUCCAGUUGUUGAAGACAAAGAUAUACCAAUCGCUGGAGCGUCUGUUGGGGACAAUGAUCAGAUGGAAGAAUCGUAUGUGCCUGAAGACAAUGAAUCACAAACUUUGCGCAGCUCCAGUCCCGAUUCAACCUCUCCCAUCAACAAUCAUUUCGACACUCAUUUGGCUGUUAAUGUCCAUUCAACCAAUGGAAAAGAAGCGGACAAAUCAAUUCCAGUUACUGGAGAUUCAUUGGAUGAUGAGGUUGCUGCCUCUAAUGGGCCAUACAUCUUAGGUUGGGAUGAGUGGUUUUGGCUGCCAUUUGAAGAGCUACGUUCGAAGCGGAUUGUCGAUAUUGAGAAGGAAUACUUGUUGAAAUUUGAGUAUGUUAACAACUUUACCCAAGAAAACCUACAGACGGUGAACCAGAUAAUCACUGAGGAAAGUUCUCGUCUGCGCAUCUCUUUGAAGGAUGAUGAUUUCAUUGUGUCAGACUAUGAAGAUGAGCUGUCCAGCCUAAUUGCUUGCGCGCUUGCCCACCUGAACAAUGAUGAGAACAGAAAGCCUCUUUCAAGGUGUAUACAUGGAUCUCUUCAAGGGUUCUUAGAUAAUAAUCAAGAUUCUAAGCAAACUGACUGUGAGGUUUCCCGUUUCUCGAGUGAGAGUACAAAUCGGUUGGAAACACUACCCCCUCCAGAGGUCCUUGUUACUUUUGGGUCACUCAAAUCAAUUGGAAAACCCAAAUACUCUAUCGUGUCCCUAUAUGCAGAUGAUUUCCGCGAGCUCAGAAAACACUGUUGUUCAUCAGAGCUUGAUUAUAUAGCUUCACUAAGCCGUUGUAAGCCAUGGGAUGCUAAGGGUGGGAAGAGCAAAUCCGUGUUCGCUAAGACUUUGGAUGAUAGGUUCAUCGUAAAAGAGAUCAAGAAGACAGAGUAUGAAUCAUUUGUGACAUUUGCUCCGGAGUAUUUCAAAUACAUGAAGGACUCGUAUGAUCUAGGCAACCAGACUUGUCUUGCCAAAGUUCUUGGGAUCCAUCAGGUAACUGUAAGGCAGCCAAAGGGUGGUGGGAAAGAGAUACGGCACGACCUGAUGGUGAUGGAGAAUCUCAGUUUUGGCAGAAAAGUUACUCGCCAGUAUGAUCUCAAAGGCGCUCUGCAUGCUCGGUUUACAGCCACUUCUGCUAAUGGCGCAGAAGAUGUUCUAUUGGAUCAGAACUUUGUCAAUGACAUGAACAAAUCCCCACUUUACGUUAGCAAAACAUCAAAGCAAAAUCUCCAAAGAGCGGUUUAUAAUGACACCAGCUUCCUAACCAGCAUAAACGUGAUGGACUACUCGCUGCUGGUUGGAGUUGAUGAUGAGAAUCAUGAGCUAGUGUGUGGGAUCAUCGAUUAUCUGAGACAAUACACAUGGGACAAGCAGUUAGAGACAUGGGUGAAAUCGUCUUUGGUGGUGCCAAAGAAUGUGCAGCCGACAGUGAUCAGCCCGAUUGAUUACAAGACGAGGUUCAGGAAAUUCAUGAAGACACAUUUCUUGUGCGUCCCUGACCAGUGGUGCGAUCAAGGGGACUUUUAAGGGCAAAAAGCAUAUGAUUAUAGCUUGAAAGUAGAAGAUAUUUGCUUAUACCCGGUCUAAUCUCUCAUAUAUAUAUAUUUUGACAAAAAAAAAAAAAUCUCUCAUAUGAUUCUUUCAUUUGAUUAAACUUCACAUGUAUAUAGAGACAGCUCCAGUUUUUAUCUACCCCAUCAUUGUGCAGUUUUUUAGCAAGUUUCUGGGGUAGAUUUUAAGUGAUUGGAUUGUCUCUUGUGUCUGUCUUUUCUCCAUUUCAUUGAAAGGCAGAUUCAAGCAAGUGAAAGUCUGUACUUAAAAAAAAAAAAACAAAGUGUCAGUUGGUACAUGUGAAAGUAUUGUUUUUGUAUAAGAAAGAAGAAAAGGAAAGUGUUUAUUGUUA